AUGGCUUCUCAAUCAACGAUUCACUUGCUCCUCUUAGCGGCUAUACUUCUCACCAAAUCAGGGCUCUCGUUCCAAUUGGCGGCACGACCUUCCAUUACGAGCUUCAGCACAACGAGAACAACAUCCUCUGGUCCAGUGAUUGGCACGGCAAGAUACCUUUCUAUAGAUAACAAAGAGACAGAUGUCAAGUUCUCUCGGGAUACUCCGGAAUCCACUGUCAAUUUGGACAAUGAUGGUACGAGAAAAGAAAGAACACUUCCCGACAAGGCAGUGACCAACACGGUCAAUGAACGAUUGAUGGCCGAACUCAAGGCCCAGGAAAAAGAAGAAAAGUAUGGCGCUCGAUCGUCUAUUGGCAAAAAGUUGCGUCUAGUGGAUGGUUAUGGUCGUCCCCGCAAGUCGGACGCGGAAAUCCGAGCUGCCAUUGAAGCAGCCCGAGACUUGAAUGGGGUCAAUCCAGCUGUCGCCUUGACAGGAUCCUUCUUUGCCUUGGGUGUCGCUGCCGCCUUGUGGUAUGCUACUGGGAAACUGGCUGCCUUUUUUACCUUCCAUCCAGUCACUACAGAUAUCUACUUUGUCCAACGAUCCGCUCAAGUGGUACGGAAUGUAUCCAUGGGAUUGGUUUCCUUGGCGUCUGGCUUUUUUGGUGUGACGGGACUGGGCAUCUUUUUGCUAGGGAUCCGAGUAGCUUAUGGAGUCAUUACAGGAGAGUUGGAUCCAACGCCCAUCAAGCGGAAUCAGGUCACAACCGACAAGGUCGAUAUGAAAAAUAUGUUGGACUUGAUGACCAAUAAGAAACCAGGUCGACGAGGUGGCCGAGGAGGUUCGGACAAUGACAACAACAGCAACAUGUUUGGACUGUAA